AUGACGUUUCGAUUUAGAUGUUCACCAUUCGGUCUUCAACAAUCAUAUCAACAUCAUCGACAUCAAAUGUUAGCACCAGCACUUAAUCGUAGUUAUUCACUAGAUCUACCAAGUUAUACUAAUUACAAUAAUAAUAAUAACAACAACGUGUUCUAUCGCCCGUCGCCUAAUAUUAUACAAACAAAUAGUCACCAGUUAUCAGAUUCACAAAAUCAACAAUUACCCACAAUGGGUGUCAUUAGACAAACAACACAUUCAAAUGAUCAACAACGACAGCAAAUUCAACAACAAAGAGAUCAUCCUAAAAUAAAAAGCGCAAAUACUAAUCAACAACUUUGCCAGAAAUUAUCGACGCGAUCGUCUUGUUCGGUGUUUGGUGAUUAUGACAAUACUAGUGAACAACAAAUUCAGAAUAGUGAAAUUAUUCAUUCUAGAGAUCUUGUUUGCCGUUCAUCAUCUUAUGCGAUGAUUUAUACACCACCAGGAAAUGAUGAUUAUCUAAUUGAAGGCGAUUACUCAAAUGAUUCAUCUCAUUGGUCAAUGCUGACCAAGAUAUCACCGGCUGAUUAUGAAAUUGAUUGUGAUAAUGUAUCGCAAAUAUAUAAUAAUGAUUUUUAUGAACAGUUUCAUCUUAAUUUAUAUGCAAUCGAUGAAGAUUUAAAUCCAAUUGUUAUGUCAGUUAAACGGAAUGAAGAACCUAGUAGUGUAUCUAUAAUUGUUCGAACUAAAGAAAGUUCAAAAUAUGCUAAAUUAUUGGAGAAUAAUUCGGAUGAUUUAGAUUAUAGCUCAUAUUGCGAACAAAUAUAUCCAAAUAUCAAAACGGAUCAUUUUCAAAUAUCUUCAAGUCUCAGUGCUGCCCAAUAUGUCAAAGGAUAUGAUGAGAAAUUAGAAACACGAAAAUUCAAAUUUGGAGUUAUUUAUCAAAGACGAGGACAAACCACCGAAGAAGAAUUUUUUAAUAAUGAGAAACAUGGUCCAGCAUUAGACGAAUUUCGUGCUGGUCUUGAUACUAGUGGUAAAACUGAUACACCUACAUCUUAUUAUGAGUUGUACGAAAAUAAAGAGAUAAUGUUUCAUGUAUCGACAUUGCUUCCAUUUACCAGCACGGAUCGACAGCAAGUACAACGUAAACGACAUAUUGGAAAUGAUAUUGUUACCAUUAUAUUUCAAGAAGAAAGUACACCAUUUCAUCCGUCGAUGAUAUGUUCAAAUUUUUUACAUGCAUUUCUCGUUGUACAACCUGUUUAUAAUGCGUCAAAAACAUGCUAUAAAAUCACGCUUGUUACGCGUCGUGGUAUAGAACCAUUCAAUCCUAUAUUACAAAAUAAUUGCGUUUAUCCCAAAUCAGCCGACUAUUUAAAAUCAUUUAUUCUCACAAAAUUGAUAAAUGCCGAAUAUGCAUGUUAUCGUUGUCGUACAUUUUCAUUAUUACAAGAACGUACACGUUGUUCGUAUUUAAAAACGCUCUGUGAAAAUUUAACAACAAAAUCGUAUGAUAUGUUAUGCGAUGAAUACAAAUCAUCUCAACGACGUUCAUCUGUGUUAUCAAAUUCGGUGAAAAAACGAUAUUUUUCUUCAAUGAGAAAAAUAUUUGGUAGAAGUCAUAGUACGCCAGAUGGAAGAAUAUCAACGUCAGCUACAUCUUCUAAACCUUUGACAAGUACACUAAGUAAUGAAUCAGAAACAAAUGAAAAAGAUCGUCGGAAAAACAGUAAAAAACUUUCACGAACACCAACUCAUACUGAAUUGCCUGAUGAAAUAACGAUACCUGAACCAUUACGUUCGCCUAUUAGUGUGUCAGAUGAACAAGAUCUGACAAAUAAGAAAAAUUCAGUUAAUCGAAAAUUAACUAGACUUAGUGAUGAAAGUUUAACUAGUAGUGAUACACCAUAUGAUCAUCGCCCACAAAUGUACUAUGAAGAAGAAUCGGAUGAAGGUCUCGAUAGUAUGUCAUCUGCUGAAACGCAUAUUUCGCAGUCAUAUUCUUCUCGAGAUAAUACUGAUCAGUACGACGAUUUAAAUUUAUAUCGACAACAACUACGUCUAGCUGAAAAAAAGAAUGAUGCAUACAUCAGACCACUUGUGUAUAAUUCAUGGCAUCGUACAAAAUCGUCGCCACAAACGACAGGCAUUCAUAUAAGUGAAGAAGCAGCUACUGUUUGA